AUGAAGUUCUCUACUAUUGCUGCUGCUGGUUUAGUUGCCACCUCUGCUAUGGUUUCUGCUAAACCACAUGAAUUUACCACCACUUUGACUUUUACUGGUCCAAGUACUACUAUUGUUACCACUUCUACCCACACUACUCACAAGUAUGGUAGAUUUAACAAGACUUCUAAGUCUCACAAGCCAAAGGAAACCGGUACUCACAGAUAUGGUAGAUUUAACAAGACCUCCAAAUCUCAUAAGCCAAAGGAGACUGGUACUCACAGAUAUGGUAGAUUUAACAAGACCUCCAAAUCUCAUAAGCCAAAGGAAACCGGUACUCACAGAUACGGUAGAUUUAACAAGACCUCCAAGUCUCACAAGCCAAAGGAAACCGGUACUCACAGAUAUGGUAGAUUUAACAAGACCUCCAAAUCUCAUAAGCCAAAGGAGACUGGUACUCACAGAUAUGGUAGAUUUAACAAGACCAAGCACCAUUCUAAGACACCAAAUGUCAAAUUGGUUCAACCAAAUGCUGGUUCUCCAAUGACUCACGGUGACUCCGUGAAAUUAUUAGGUCUAACUGCUGGUAGUGCCAUGGUUGCUGGUGCUUUCCUUUUGUUAUGA